GCGUCACCGCGGCACCGUAACCGAGCGCUCGGGGGCGACGCCGGGCCCGGCCCGUCCGGCUGCCCCCGGGGCUCGGAGGCUGUCACGCGUCGUUCCAAACGUGCCGUCUGCUCUGCACCUGGCCCAGCUGCCUGCCUGCUCACACACGGGGCUCUGUCGUGACUUGAGUUUAAGGACGGCCUGGGCUGCUUUUCCAGCCCCCCUGCACUCCCGGUCGGGCGAGGAAGCAGCCUCGGUGUGACGGGCGGAAGGCGCUCCGGCGGCACCGCCCCGCCUGGGCAUGGCGGCGGGCGCGCGGCAGCGGCAGCUCCCGGCCUGGAUGGGAGCGGCGGGGGACGAGCGGGCGGCGGCGGCCCCGUCGCCCAGGGCCGGGCGGCGGCGGCGGGCGGCGGCGGGGCGCAGGCCGGCGGCGCUGUACUGCAUGAACGAGGCGGAGCUGGUGGAGGUGGCCCUGGCGGUCCUGGCCGAGAAUCUACAGUGCGAGGAAGGUGAAGAGAAUGCCCGGUCCACGAGCGAAGAGGAGCAGGAGCUCCCGCCAUCACCAAACGAGGUUCCUGGAAGUGCGGCCAACAGGGAUGGAGGCAGUGACCGUGGUCCAGCACUUCCAUGCCCUCCUGGUGCUGGUGCUGACGCAGAGAGAACAGACGGGAAGAACUCUGAGGACGAUGUCCUGAAAUACGUCAGGGAGAUCUUUUUCAGCUAACAUCUCUGACUUCCCAGGAGAAGAGGGCACAAUAGGGAGGGUGUCUCCUCCCGCAGCCCUGAGAACCGUGGGAGGAGGGCUGUGCAUCCAUCUGCUGUAGGAUACCCAGGAAGGCCAGAGGGGGAAAGAAAGGAGGUACUCAGUUCUCCCACUCUGUGCUGGGCUCGGUGGGAUUUGGUUCCAGAUUAGGAUGUGUUCGUUUCUGUUUCACAUUUCAGAGCAUGGACAGAUUAAAGAGGACAUUUGUGUUUCUAGGACAAACAAACCACAUGAGGCCAGCUGUGACAACGUGUAUGGAAAUGAAGAAUCAGUCAAAUCAGCACCACCAGCCUCAUCCCCACCAAGGCAAGAGAACAAGAGAAAACAGACCCUCAUGUCCCUUGAAACAAAUUCACUCAACUGCAAAAAAUAUCACUGUUAAGCAGCCUGUUCUCCCAGCCACUGGGUGAAUUAAGGCAGUUUAUACUUACAAGGCUGUUACAUAUUCAUUACACAGAAAAAUCAAUAACAUAAAACGCCUGUUUUGAAAAAUUACACAAACCGGAGUUAACUAUUUCAGUCUCUUCUGCCAUCUAAUGUCCUUUAGGGGUUAUUACUACCCCCUGUAAGGGUUUUUGGUGGUCGUUUAAUCGUCUUCAUCACUUGUCCUUUUAUUGCACUUUCUUAGUUGGUGCAUGCUCAGUCUGUUAUCUUGUUUUCAAACUCCAAAACUGGUUCUUUAUGGUGUUAUUUCUAUAUCAUCCUAAAUGGCUUUCUUCACAGCCUUGAAGGUUGGUUGUUGAUUGGCUGCUUAUUUAUUUUAAGUGAUAUAUAUCCAGUCUACUUACAAAGAAUUUACCUGUUUGGUUACAUUUUCCUGAAAAUUUGUUAGUUCCUAGUUAAAUAUAAUCUACAGAUCCUGUUUUUAAA